GGUUGCUGUGCGACGAGACGGCUCCCUGUCCCCACUGAACUCACCGCAAAUGGAUGCCGGCUUUCCCCUGGGAACCUGGAGACUGUACCUCAUGUCAGGAAGCGUUCUCCAGGACCCCGCUUCCCUGGGGAGGUAAAAGCGUGCACUGAUUGGGAAGGGGCGAUGGAAGAAGUGCAGCAGCUCUGAACUAUGCUUGUGAACUGCAUGUCUGUGAAGAGGCAACUUGGCCUUCGCUGCGUGGGGUCUUGGGCACUCCGGAGACUACAUUUCCCAGCAUCCCCGCCGUGGCGGAACUACCUUGCCCGAAAGCCUGAGCGAAGUUCCUCCCGCCUUCGGCUUCCUGUCCCUCGGAAAGCUGAGAAAGAACAUGAGGUGUCGCUGGGCUUGGCGCCUCUUGCGCUCUGAUGGCUGUGGGGGCCGCUGGGUUUCAGCUCCGCGCGGGCGUUUCUCACCGGCCCUGCGGAGAGAUUUCUUGACCACCACAAGCAAGGAAGGAUACGAUAGGAGGCCAGUGGACAUAACUCCUUUAGAACAAAGGAAAUUAACUUUUGAUACCCACGCAUUGGUUCGGGAUUUAGAAACUCAUGGAUUUGACAAAGCACAAGCGGAAACAAUUGUAUCAGCAUUAACCACUUUAUCUAAUGUCAGCCUGGAUACUAUCUAUAAGGAGAUGGUCACUCAGGCACAACAGGAAAUAACAGUCCAACAGCUAAUGGCUCAUUUGGAUUCUAUCAGGAAAGAUAUGGUCAUCCUAGAAAAAAGUGAAUUUGCAAAUCUGAGAGCAGAGAAUGAGAAAAUGAAAAUUGAAUUAGAUCAAGUUAAACAACAACUGACACAUGAAACCAGCCGAAUCAGAGCAGAUAAUAAACUGGACAUCAACCUAGAAAGGAGCAGAGUAACAGAUAUGUUUACAGAUCAAGAAAAGCAACUUAUGGAAGCAACCACAGAGUUUACCAGAAAGGAUACCCAAAUCAAAAGUGUUAUUUCAGAGACCAGCAAUAAAAUUGAUACUGAAAUUGCUUCCUUAAAAACACUGAUGGAGUCUAACAAACUUGAGACAAUCCGUUAUCUUGCAGCCUCAGUGUUUACUUGCUUGGCAAUAGCUUUGGGAUUUUAUCGAUUCUGGAAGUACUACUAAUGCUGCCACCAGUGCUAAUGACUUCUUAGAACAUUACCCAAAAUGCAUUUUCUUUUAACGCUUUCUGUCAGUUGCUGAAGAAACGUAUUGCAAGAUUAUCAAAGUAUAUAAGGACUAGAAAAGUAUUUCAGGUAUUUCAACUUGAUUUGUGUCUUUAUGUUGAAAAGCUGUCACCCAAAACCUGAUUUAUUUGAGAUGAAAGAGCAUGCUUUUGAUAGUUCAUAGAAAAGGAACCAGAAUUUUCUUAUGUUUCAACAACUUUAUAAAUAAAAUUUUGUUGAUAUCUGCUGCAAA